UAGACUAUCCUUUGUAGUGCUCAUUUGCCAUGUCAGCGCCUCUGAAAGUAUGCAUCGUUGGCUCUGGAAAUUGGGGCUCUGCUAUUGCAAGGAUAAUAGGCAGCAAUGCACAGACGCUCCAGCGUUUCGCCACCACUGUCAAGAUGUGGGUAUUUGAGGAGAAUGUCAACGGCAGGAAACUCACAGACAUUAUUAACACAGAACACGAGAACGUCAAAUAUCUCCCAGGCUACAAACUUCCUGAAAAUGUGGUUGCAGUGCCUGAGCUACGGGAAGCUGCAGAUGGAGCUGAUCUCUUAGUGUUUGUGGUCCCACACCAGUUCAUCCGAAAGCUAUGCGAUGAAAUGUCUGGUUGUGUCUCUAAAAAAGCGCGUGGAAUCACCCUUAUAAAGGGAAUUGAUGAGGGACCUGAAGGACUAAAACUGAUCUCUGACAUCAUAAGAGAGAAGAUGGGCAUUGAUGUCAGUGUGCUAAUGGGAGCCAACAUUGCUAAUGAGGUGGCUGCUGAAAAAUUCUGUGAAACCACCAUUGGCAGUAAAGUCCUGGAAAAUGGCCAACUCUUUAAAGAACUUCUCCAGACACCAAACUUCAGGAUAACAGUAGUGGAUGAUGCUGACACUGUGGAGCUCUGUGGAGCUCUGAAGAACAUUGUUGCUGUGGGUGCAGGGUUCUGUGAUGGCCUGCAGUGUGGAGACAACACUAAGGCAGCGGUGAUCCGACUAGGACUAAUGGAGAUGAUUGCUUUUGCCAAACUGUUUAGUAAAGACGGUUCAGUUUCCUCCAGCACCUUCCUGGAAAGCUGUGGGGUGGCUGACCUCAUCACUACCUGCUAUGGGGGGCGGAACCGACGUGUAGCUGAGGCUUUUGCCAAAACUGGAAAGAGCAUUGAGCAACUAGAGCAAGAGAUGCUGAAUGGUCAGAAGCUUCAAGGACCAUUGACCUCUGCUGAGGUGUACCACAUCCUCAAACAGAAGGGUCUAGUGGAGAAGUUCCCACUAUUCACAGCUGUUUAUCAGAUCUGUUUUGAGGGUAAACCUGUUCAAGACAUGAUCUCCUGUCUGCAGAGUCACCCAGAGCACAUGUGAGAGGUUUACACACACAGACCUCAUCACUGAGUGACUUUCUCACCACUACCACCAUUAAUGCCUCCUCUCAACCGCUGGGUGGCCCUACCUCUGACACUCCUGUUUAAUGUUCUUGUCUCACUGUGUAUACCUGGUUAAAUGGUCCAAAUUAGUCAUAGUUCUUCUCUGCGCACAAAUUCCAGGCGAGGCAUUUUUGUGGGAAGGUUAAUGUCCUGUUUACGAACGUUGUGCUACGAACGUUCAGGGGUUUGCAAGAGUAAUCUGCUUUAAUCAGUCACUCUUUAUCAUAGUUAGGUCAACAGGCGCAAGCUGUAGCUUAUCUAAAGUUAAGCUGUAAAUUAUGUUUCACUGAGCCGUAUGUUUUAGGACUUACUUCUGAUGUUACAAUGCUGCCCUCUUGUGGAUUGCCCAAAAAGCCAC